AAGAAAAAAUUUAAAAGAUCAUAGGAAGUGCAGUGGAGAAUAGCCAGGAAUAUUGACCAUUUCAAAGAUACAGGUUGUAAGGGGAUGUGCAGAGAAUAUGGAAGCUGCAGAUCCACCUGAUAAAUCAUUCAGGAAACAGUGGCGUGUCUUUGUGAACCUAUGAAAUGGCCGUGAUGGAAAUUGCAUGCCAAGGAGCUCCUGACCCCACCAUCGGGCACCAAAAGGAGCUUUCUGCUACUAAAGGGCUGGGUGAAACAGUGAGUGAGAAGCAGAGCAGUGUUUGCAAAGUAGAAGAUUCAGAGAAAGUUGCCUUCCACAGUCAAUGGAAAAUCCUGAAAGAUGUGAUCACCAAAGGAACAGCAAAAGAAGAGACAGAAGGGGGUUCUGCAUCCAUUUCCAUCAUUGCCCAGGCUGAAUGUGAGAACAGCCAGGAGUUCAGCCCCACCUUUUCAGAGAGGCCUUUCAUAGCUGAUAGUAAACGUUACAGUCGGUCAGACAGUCUUGAUCAAAUCCCGAACAAUGUGGCCCAUGCUACUGAAGGGAAAAUGGCACCAGCCUGCUGGAGGGCAAGGCAUCGUGGUAAAGGCAAGAAGAAACGUCGCAAGAAAAGAUCCAGGGUCAGAAUACAAACACUGGCCUCUGCUAAGCAAGGGCCCAGAACUCCAGAACAGGAAAGUUGUACACCGAUCCCAGUCCAGGAGGAUGAAACUCACCAAAACACUCUCUUCAGUAACAGCUCCUGUUUUUCAGAACCUUGCAAGGACUCAAUUUGUGAUCAGAUACCAUUUGAGAAACCUAGAAAAGUUCUACUCACAGGCAAACUCCAUUCGCUAAGGAACCUGCACAGACCAGAACUGCACAAGUUGAUAAGCCCAGUACAGUGCCUGAACCAUGUUUGGAAGCUACACUGUCAGGGUGAUUUUGUGCCUCAGCCAGAGACCCUCCAUCCCUUCCCUUACAGUCCUUUUUGUGCCAUGAAACAUAAUCCUCUGGAGAUCAAUCUCCUCGAUGAUCGGGCCUGUGUGAAUGGUGAGCGUCACUUUUCUGGCCUAAGCUUAGAAUGCAGCUUCCCAAAAUGUGUCAGCCCGUCCCUGGAAACCAACUUGGACAAAUUUUCUGUGGAAGAAUAUUUGGUGGAUGCUCUUAAGGGGAGUGUGAGUCUCGGUGAGCCGCAGAAUUUAGCCAGCCUGGCCAAGACGUGGAGAGGAGGCGGUCUGGAUUUGAAGGAGCAGUUUCAAGAGACAGAUGACAAUGAGGGGGUGCUGCUUACUGAGAAACUAAAGCCAGUGGACUAUGAAUACCGAGAAGAGGUUCACUGGACCAAGUGCCAGGACUUUCUGGGUGUUGGCUCUUUUGGGGAAGUCUACAAAAUAGAGGACAAACAGACGGGAUUUCAGUGUGCUGCCAAAAAGGUGCAAGUCGAACACUUUCGUGCAGAAGAGUUGACGACAUGUGCUGGAGUAACAAGUCCCAAAGUUGUCCCUUUGUAUGGAGCCGUGAAGGAAGGUCCUUGGGUUACUAUCUUCAUGGAGCUAAUGGAGGGUGGCUCACUAGGCCAGCUGAUUAAACAAAGUGGCUACUUGCCUGAGGAUAGAGCCCUCCGUUACCUGGGUCAAGCAUUAGAGGGUCUGGAGUAUCUUCAUGCUCACCACAUUCUGCAUGGAGAUGUCAAAGCGGACAACGUGCUCUUAUCCAGUGAUGGAAGCCGGGCUCUCCUCUGCGACUUCGGCCAUUCUGCUCGCCUUCAUCCUGAUGGCUUGGGGAAGUGCUUGGUGACAGGGUGCUACAUGCCUGGCACAGAGACUCACAUGGCUCCAGAGGUAGUAAUGGGAAAACGCUGUGACUCAAAGGUGGAUGUCUGGAGCAGCUGCUGCAUGAUGCUGCAUAUGCUCAAUGGGUGUCAUCCUUGGACCCGGUAUUACAAUCACCCUCUUUGCUUAAAGAUAGUCAAAGAGCCGCCUCCGUUGAGGGAAAUCCCACCUUCCUGUAACCGUUCCACUGUCGAGAUCAUUAAAGCAGGGCUAGAGAAGGAGCCACUUAAAAGAGCCUCUGCGGCUGAGUUGAAGACUAAGGCAGACAUAGCUCUGCAGGAAGUGAGAGAUGUGAAGAACCCCUGGAGAGAAUACAGAGAACCUAGAUGCUUAUCUCUGGAUGAAAAAAACAAUCUGCACACCUCCCUGUCCCCAACAGUCAGCCUGAUUUCUGAGACUCUGGCUAGCCCUGGCUCAGCUCCUUGCCUAUCCCAAAGCCUGCAGCCACCAUCUCUGGAGCUGACAAAGAAGACUGGGGUAACCCCUUGGAAUCUGUGCAAGGAGUUACCUAGGGUCUGUGAUCCACUUUCCCUCUCCUCCCUGGCUCCUGUCCCCGCCAAGAGCAGCAGCUCCUCAGAACGUGCAACAACUAUCUCGGAACAGGAGCUUCAGCAGCUGGAAAUAGAGUUGUUUUUGAACAGUCUGUCACAGCCGUAUUCUCUGGAGGAGCAGGAGCAAAUGCUCUCGUGUCUCAGCAUUGACAGCCCGCUCUUGUCUGAUGCCAGCGAGAAGAACUCUCUGAAGGCCUCUCAGAGCCUGAGGGACACCAUGAGCUCUGGGGUUCACUCCUGGAACAGCCAGACUGAUGGACCGAGCUUCAGCUGGAACAACCUGCUGUAUCGCAGUCGGCACACAGACACCCCUAGCUAUUUCAAUGGAGUGAAAAUCCAGAUCCAGUUGCUAAGUGGAGAAAAUCUUCAUAUCCGAGAGUUCCACAGGACCAAGGUGGGAGACAUUGCUACUGGGAUAAGCAGCCAGAUACCAGCCUCUGCUUUCAGCCUUGUUACAAAGGAAGGUCAACCUGUUCGCUAUGACAUGGAGGUUCCUGACUCUGGUAUAGAGCUGCAGUGCACCCUUGCUCCUGACUGCAGUUUCGGUUGGACCUGGAGAGUCAAGCAUGGUCAGCUGGAGAAUAGACCAUGAGGCUCUUGGUCAUGGAGGUCACUUCCUUAUGUUGAAGCAUGG